GCGCGCCUAGCGCCGGUGUGUCUGCUGUCCUUUACGUCGUUAUUACAAAGACAACAACUCCCAUCAUCUCACGGAAAGGGAGUUUGGCAGACAAGACAAACAUUUGGCCGAGAAGAGCUAUAAUGACCGGCGUAGUUUGGGGACUUUUCCAUCACCUUCCGCGCUUCAUGGAGUCUGACAGCAAACGUUUCCAGCCCUGGAGGGACUACAUGGGAUUGUCGGACACAAUCCGAGAGAUCCUGGGCCGGGACCCGGCCAAUGAGGCCUCUAAAGCUCCGCACUCAGAAUCUGAUGACCUGUGCGAAGCACUGAUGUCCGUGCGCAUUGGGCUAAACACCGUCUGCCAAAGUAGUAUAUCAGGUGUAUCUACGCGGUGUGCGCCAGGCUCUUUGACUCAUCAACGCCCUCCUGAUGAUUUGCCAUAUGCGACAGACCCGUUUCGUGUCGAGACAUCAGACGCGGUGGAUUUGAAGACCGUUUCGAGACCGACGGGCCCCCGGGGACCUAAAGAACGCAAGAAAACCACUCGUUUCAAAAACCCGGAUCCUCCGUUGUUAUCGGCGUCAGCUGAGCGCAUGUUCUGCAGUUUCUGCAAGCACAACGGAGAGUCCGAGUUGGUUUGCGGAUCCCACUGGCUGAAGAACCAGGCCGGAGAUGUUUUGUGUCCCUAUCUGCGGCAGUAUGUGUGUCCUUUGUGCGGAGCCACAGGGGCCAAAGCUCAUACUAAGCGCUUCUGUCCAAAAGUGGACAGCGCGUACAGCUCCGUGUACGCCAAGUGCAGACGCUGAACCAAC